GACAGCCCACCUGAGGAGCUGCUGGAGACUGAAGCACCUGACUGCUGCUGCCACAAGGCCCCGCCAGCCAGACACGAUGUACUGCCUUCAGUGGUUGCUGCCUGUCCUGCUCAUCCCCAAGCCCCUUAACCCAGCCUUGUGGUUCAGUCACUCAAUGUUCAUGGGCUUCUACCUGCUCAGUUUCCUCCUGGAACGGAAACCUUGCACAAUUUGUGCCUUGGUCUUCCUGGCAGCUCUGUUCCUCAUCUGCUACAGCUGCUGGGGGAACUGCUUCUUGUAUCACUGCACUGGAUCCCAGUUGCCAGAAUCAGCUCACGAUCCCAGUAUAGUGGGCACCUAGAAAACUAUUAUCUUCCAGUUUGCUGACAGCUCUGGUUUUGCUUUUAAUUGGGGGGGAGGGUCUAGGGAAGAGGGUGGGGGUGUGUUAGGCAUGUGAUUGAAGUAAAAACAGCCUAUUUCCUGUAAUGUAUGCGUGGACUAGAGUGGUAAAUUCCUGACCAGCCCUCCCACUCUGCCUGUGAAAUUUGACUUGUUUACUGUGUGAACUCUCGCAGCGCCACCUGCUUUUUUAGAAGCAGAAAUUUUUUUUCCUUCCCAUAUCACUGGGAAUGGACACCAGCCCUCCUAACUGAGAACUGGUGGAGGAAAGAGCUGUUGGCCUCUGACUGUUGCAUGGUGGUGGAGUUGUGUGUCACUCUCUUGUUGGCCACGGUGAUCUAACACUGAUUCUGCUCAAGUAGCUCCAGGAUCCUCUCCAUCCUUCACUUUGUGGGGAGCCAGCCUUCCCACCUUGCUGAUCAAGGGACAGCUCAACAGCUCACAGAUGCACUUGGCCAAAAGCUGCUGGAGCCAGAGGCAGUUGAGUCAUCUCCUCCUGCUCAGCCUGCCAAAGAGAUGUGUGCACUGCCCAAGUGCUUUCUAAACUACUAAUGCUCCAAGAUCAUAGCCUGAAAGCCUCAGUUACGCUGCUGCUUUUAUAAAGCCUCACAGGCAGCAGAGACUGCCUCUUCCCCUGCUAGAUUUCCAGGGUUUACCAAAUUAUUGACUGCAACAAGAUGUGGAAUUUUUCAGAAUCUGUAUGAACCUCACCUGAGAAAACUAAACAGUGGCUCAGAAAUCUGGGUGCGGGCAGAGCAAGAGAAGAUCCUGAGGUGUAGGCAUGGCCUGAAGCCAUUGAUGCCAUCAGUGGACAAGUGAUUUUCAAUGUCUGUUCUCAGGCUGAUGGUGACAGAAGGUGCUGAUGCUGUGGCUUGGUGAUGGAGGCACUGGGUACUCCUCUGACCUCUCCCUGGCUCCCCUGGGUGGUGGUGGGUUGCUUGCACACAGGCACCGCUGUGCAGAGCUUUGCCCUGCACAGUACUCUCCAUUGAAGUGGCUGUCGGGGAGCCUUCCCUGGGGCAGCAGCUUGCUUAUGAGAAACUAAAGUCAACACAAAGUAUUGACUACACUGUCUGAGAGUUCCCUCAAUUGCCAUCUGCUCAUCUUCGAUCUCAAAGGGUAAUGCAGCAGAAGUGGCUGCUGCUGUCCCAAGGAAGUUCAGGCUAUGAAAUUGUGAAACUUCCAGAAUAUUGUUUGUUCAUUGCACAGCUGUUCAAAAUGUUUAAUAAAGCUUUAUAAACUUUGGUCUAUGGA